GUUUCGUCUAAUUUAUUAACGCUUAUUAACGAAAUAGUAUAUAAAUUAAACUUAAAUACUUAAUUUUCAGCAACAUUUCAAGUAGAUAAACAAAUUUUCAGCACCCAGCAAAGUGUACCGUUGGGAUAGUUAUCCUACUUUUUAAGUAUUUUUUGUUAGAAUUUGGGAAACUUGUGUACUUAAUUAUUUUUCUGAACAAUGGAUUUGCUGGCUGCUAAAGACCUGCCGUGUAUAAAUGACCGCUGUCGAACAUGUAUGAUAAGAAUUUUCACUGGAAUCCCUGCAGUUAAUAUUUUUGAGCGAAACGUACAAAACAUUAGUAUUGCUGAAAUUCUUCACUCCUUUACUGCUCUCACUUUUGAUGCAAACGAUCAGCUGCCGAAAGCAGUCUGCCAGCUGUGUUAUGAAAAGCUCAACAGUUUUUAUCAAUUUGUACUGUACAUAGAAAAUGUUGACAUAAAAUUUAAGGCAGAGCUCCAAGGAAAAGAUAAUUUGCCUUCUAAAGAUAUAAUGAAAAAUAAUUUGAAUUUAAAAGAUGUAUCAGCAAAAGAUAACUUAUCACAAGAAAAUGAAGGAGAUUCAAUUAAAAAAGAAAUUUCUGAAGAUUAUGUUGGCUUAGGUGCAGAAGACAUUCUAGUAGGCUUAGGUGAUGAUACAGAAUUGAAUAAUCCAUGUGCUCCAAAAUGUGAAAUAGUACAAGAAUUUGUGUGUAAAAUAUGCUACAAAUACUUUAGUAACAAGGGAAACUAUCAAAGGCAUAUUAAGAAACAUUCAAAUUUUUCACAAAAUAUUGAAGAAUCUAUGUUUACUGUGCCUACCAGUAGUGUAAGUAAUAGAAUAAGCCAUGAGGAACAUUAUUCCGAGGAAAGUUCUAUUGUAAUAGAAGUUAUUCCUCCAGAAGCCAACAUAAAUUCAGAUGAUGAAGAAGCUGAUAAUCAUAUUAAAUAUAAUUUAAAAAAAGAACAAAUAGAAACCGCUGGUAAUGAGGGUACUGUUUGUGAAAUUUGCAAAACACAAUUCCAGAACAAAUAUUCUAUGGCUGCACAUAUGCGGAAACAUGUAGUAAAGGGAAGGGUACUGUCGUGUCCAACUUGUGGCAAGGUAUUCAGAAAAGUCAGCCAUUUAAAACGGCACCAGCUUUCCGGACGGAAAAAAGGGACAAAAUGUCAUUCAAUGCAAACAACGACAUGUGGUAAUGUGAACAAUGUCACCUCUAUAGAUAUUAAAGGUGAAUUUAAUUGUGAAAUUUGUGGACAAAGUUUCAAAACUAAAGUUGCAAAGUCUUUGCAUACGCAGACACAUGUUGAGAAAGGGACAGAUCUGUCGCAGUCAACAAGCAGUGAAAUGAUCAAAACAGAAAUUGAAGUUGAAAGAAAUUAUGAAAUUCAAGAUGCGAAUGACAAAUUAGACGGUGCUGAAGAAGGUGAUAUUCCUUGUGAAAUUUGUAAGAAGAUAUUCAAAAGUAAAUUUUCAUUAGCUGCUCAUUUGAGAAAACAUACUGAAAGGAAGAGAAUGCUAUCAUGUUCAAAAUGUGGGAAAGUGUUCAGUAAAGUCAGUCAUGUCAAACGACACGAGCUAACACACGAAGAAAAAGCUUAUAAGUGUAGUUUAUGUAAAAAGUCUUUUGCCACCAGAGAACUCUUCCGACAGCAUUUGACACAGCAUAACGAAGCAAAAGUGUGUCCUGUAUGUCAGAAAAAAUUUGCCACCAAGUCAACACUCAAUGCACAUAUUUCACAAGUACAUAAUCAUAAAAACAUGUAUCUAUGUUCGUACUGCGGCAAGAAGUUUGAUUCUACUUCUAAUUUAAAUCAACACCACCUAAGGCAUAUAGGUAUAAAAAAUUGGGCCUGUUCUCUUUGUCCAAAAAAAUUUGUUAGCAAGGGAGAACUAACGUCACACGGUAGUAUCCAUAUUGGGGAAAAGCCUCACAAAUGUAAGCAGUGUAAUACAGCAUUCACCAAAAAGAGCUCGGUCAUCAAGCACAUGAAAAUACAUCAAGGCAUCAAGCCGUUUGAGUGUGACACAUGUCAUAAGAAAUUCAGAACCAAUUAUUCUCUAAAAACCCACUACCGUAUCCAUACGGGGGAGAAGCCGUAUGUAUGUGAAAUCUGUACUCAAGCGUUCACACAGAGCAACGACCUGGUCAAACACCGUAGGAAGCACCUUGGUGAAAAGUUGUUUAAAUGUGAUCAUUGCACGGAGAGUUUCCGUCUCAAGACUGAGCUGACGCAUCACAUCACUCAGCACUACGCUGCUAAGCUACAACAAACUGACAUGGCCGCAGAGCGAAUAGAAACUAAUGCCAUGAAUGGUUGAGAAGAUUUUAGAAUUUUAUUUAUUCUUUGUUUUGUUUUUCUAUUAUUAAGGGGAGACCGCACUACGCGACACGUGACGACACGACGCGACACUUAAUUAAGGUGAUCGUCUAUAUAUCAGCACGCACGCACCGUACGCGCCGCAUUUCGUGUACUAUGCGGUGGGUUCGACGCGUACGGUGCUGACAAAAUAUGCGCGAUCAUCUUGACAUAGAAGUGACGUUUUAGAAACGUGAAUCUGACUUUCUACAAACGUUUUCCAUAGAAGUAUGUGAAGUGUCGUGUCGCUUUAGUGCAGUCUAUGGAGGGUAGAUGGAGGAGAACUAUCUUAUAUGGGGGAUAUUU